AUGAUCAGCAGGUGUAUCCUUACGCCGAAGAAAUCCUCUCUUGAUGACAUCAAUGAUUUGCUUAUUGAACGAUUCCCUAGACAGCCUUUUGUUUUCAUGAGUACGGAUAGGACGCUCAAUGAAAGAGAUCAGGGAGAUUAUCAAGACUUCCUAAACCCUUUGAAUCCAAAAGGGUUGCCCCCUAUAAAAAUUGCAGUAGGCCAACAUCGAGGCAAGAGAGUGAUUCUGCCUAGGAUUCCCCUUCAAACAUCUGAUAAUGAAAAAAAUGGCAUUCCUUUUAAACGCACACAGUUUCCAGUGAAGCUGUGUUUUGCUAUGACCAUCAAUAAGUCACAGGGUCAGACAUUAGAUCGGGUUGGUAUCUAUCUAUGUGAACUUGUGCUUUCACACGGACAGUUAUACAUUGCUUUGUCUCGGGCUAAAAUGGCCAGUGCAGUUAAGGUCCUUAUAAUGCCACCAACAUUUUCCCCUGCUAAUAUUGUGCCUGAAUCUAAAACAAGGAAUGUUGUCUAUCGUGACAUCCUUGAAUUAGCUGCUAAAUGA